CUUCAGCUAGCAUCACAUCGGAAUUCUGUGCAACUGCGGCAUACUGGAUUUUAAAUUGCGACCAAAAAGAACCGCUGAAGAAGUGCGCACUACUUCAGCCUCGGUGCAACUGGGAGGAUAUCUGGGAAAAGUUGACUCGCUAGAAAAAGGAUAUUGACAAAAAGAAUAGGUGGAAAGACGAAAGAAUAUUACGUACAGUGUAGUUUACAUACAUAAACAACACCUUUUAGGGAGAAAGUAUGAAUGCCAUUGUAGAAGUUGUUGCUUUUCUCCUUGGUUUUUUGAGUUGGGUGAUGGUCGGGGUUGCGCUACCGAACCGUUACUGGAAGGUUUCCACAGUGGAUGGCAACGUUAUCACUACUUCAACCAUCUACGAGAAUUUGUGGAUGUCCUGCGCUACCGACUCCACGGGUGUCCACAAUUGCCGUGACUUCCCGUCGCUGCUUGCCUUGUCUGGGUACAUCCAGGCUUCUCGCGCGUUGAUGAUCGCCGCUAUAGUGCUGGGGACUUUCGGCAUCCUGGCGACGCUGGUGGGGAUGCAGUGCUCCAAAGCAGGCGGCGAAAACUACGUUUUGAAGGGAAGGAUUGCAGGAAUGGGGGGAGUUUUCUUUCUGCUCCAAGGUCUGUGCACUAUGAUCUCUGUGUCUUGGUACGCUUUCAACAUCACACAGGAGUUCUUUGAUCCGUUCUAUCCGGGGACAAAGUAUGAAAUUGGCGAAGGCUUGUAUAUUGGCUGGUGCUCGGCUACAUUGGCCAUCUGUGGGGGAUCUUGUCUGGUGUGUGCCUGUAAAAUGGGAACUCCUGAGAAAGUGCCUUACCCCUACCAGCCCACUCGAGGUACAGUGUAUUCUGGGGGUCCUCCAUCACAGAGUGCCCCAAGCAAUUAUGGCAGAAAUGCAUAUGUCUGAUGGAAGGACUACUCCUCAGAACGUCAUGGGUCAAGUCCAGCUCCUCAUCUCGGUACUAAAGCAGAAUGAUCAGCACACACCAAAGCUCCUUCCUGGGAAUCAGGUCGCCAGAACUCCAUUCAAGCAAUAGUUAUGUCCCAUAUGAAACUGUGACUAUUUAUGUAUUGUCAUGGCUAUUGCGAAUAGCUGAAUUAAGUGAGACUUUAACAAGCUUAAUACAUGCAUUUUAGUGUGUCCAAACAUGGAAUAUUGAAUACUAAUAUAUUUUUAAAGCCCAAGUAAACAUAUGAUGAAAAUAAAUCCUCCCUUAUAAGAAAAUCAACAUGCUGUAAGGUUUUGGACAGUUCUUGAUUUUUAUGGUUUAUAAUACAUCAGCAGCAAGUAUGUUAGAUGUAUACAGAGAUUUACAUUGAUUUUACUGUACAAUACAGAUGGGUGAAGCUGUGGCACAAUCAUUUCAUUAAUGGAAGGCCUAUUUUCAUAUCUCUUUAAAUGGAAAGGCCUCCAGCACAGUUAAUAUAACGUUCUUACACUGUUCUUACAAUUUAGUAGCUUCCUACAAUACUAAAGCAUUUUGAGAGCAUAAUGUGUUAGCUGGUAAAUUUAUACAUAAUGGUUAACAUUACAUUACAGUCUUACUU